GGGAGCCAAUCACCGGCCACAUGUACGGCGAUGACCGCCCUGAUCAGCGACUGUAACGACCGAGGAAAGCAGCUGAAGACCCAAAAUUACUUUGAACUGCACGAGGUGUAUGCUCCGAGGCAUCCUAAAACUGGAGUCGGAUCGUGGCGGACACGGAACUGGCUGAAUCUGGCGCGGUUCUCCGGACCUUUAUAUCGCGCGUGCUCCAGCUACCCCGGAGUUGACAUUAAUUUUUUUUUUCUUUCCCCCACGAACCUCCCCCCAAGGAAUAUAUCGAAAUCACCUGGUCGCUGGGCUGUAUACUCAUCAGUAACCUCCUCUCAGUACCCUAUCUUCCUUCAACCGACACACAUCACCAUGUCAAAGACCUUCAGCAAGGACGACGUGGCGUCGCAUAGCAAGGGCGACAGCCUUUGGAUUGUGAUUGACGAGGACGUCUACGAUGUCACAAAGUUCCAAGAUGAGCAUCCUGGUGGAAAGAAGAUUCUCCAGCGAGUCGCCGGAAAGGAUGCCUCGAAGCAAUUCUGGAAGUACCACAACGAGGGCAUUCUGAAGAAGUACAAGGCCCAGCUGCAGGUCGGCUCGUUGAACACAAAGAAGGUCGUCGAGCCCACGCCGGCUCCCGCCCCGGCACCCAAGAAGGCCGCCCCAGUCGCACAAGCUGCCCCUGCCGACUACAAGCCUGCGGCAACUGCUGAGCCUCAAGAUCCUUAUGGUGAUCUGAUUCCGUUCGCCGACCCCUCGUGGUAUCAGGGUUACUCCUCCCCUUACUUCAACGAUUCUCACGCCGCUCUUCGCGAGGAAAUCCGCGAAUGGGUCGACACCGAGAUCGAGCCAUACGUUACCGAGUGGGAUGAGGGCAAGAAGGUUCCGGACACCAUCUACAAGCAGAUGGGUGAGCGCGGCUACUUGGCCGGUCUUCUGGGUGUCAAGUACCCGGAGAAGCACACUCCAUUCCGGGUCAAGUCCGUGGCACCCGAGCGCUGGGAUCUGUUCCACGAGAUGCUGUUGACCGACGAGUUGUCGCGCGCCGGUAGCGGUGGUCUGGUUUGGAACUUGAUUGGUGGCUACGGUAUUGGCUGCCCACCCCUCGUCAAGUUUGGUAAGAAGGAGCUCGUCGACCGUAUUCUGCCCGGCAUUCUGGCUGGUGACAAGCGUAUUUGCCUGGCUAUCACUGAGCCUGAUGCGGGCAGUGAUGUUGCCAAUCUUGGCUGCGAGGCUAAGCUCUCCGAGGAUGGCAAGCACUACAUUGUCAACGGUGAGAAGAAGUGGAUCACCAACGGUAUUUGGGCAGAUUACUUCACUACCGCUGUCCGUACUGGCAAGCCCGGCAUGGAAGGUCUCAGCGUCCUGCUGAUUGAGCGCGAGGCUGGUGGAGUCAGCACUCGUCGCAUGGACUGCCAGGGAGUCUGGAGCAGUGGUACCACCUACGUGACCUUCGAGGACGUCAAGGUUCCCGUCGAGAACCUGAUUGGCAAGGAGAACCAGGGCUUCAAGGUUAUCAUGACCAACUUCAACCAUGAGCGUAUCGGCAUUGUCAUCCAGUGUGUCCGUUUCGCCCGUGUCUGCUACGAGGAGUCCAUGAAAUAUGCCCACAAGCGCCGCACCUUCGGCAAGAAGCUGAUUGACCACCCUGUCAUCCGCAUGAAGCUGGCCCACAUGGCCCGCCAGAUUGAGGCCACCUACAACUGGCUAGAGAACAUCAUCUUCCAGUGCCAGUGCAUGGAGGAGACCGAGGCCAUGCUCAAGCUCGGCGGUGCCAUUGCCGGCCUCAAGGCUCAGUCCACCCAGACCUUCGAGUUCUGCGCCCGCGAAGCCAGUCAGAUCUUUGGUGGUCUUAGCUACAGCCGUGGCGGCCAGGGUGGUAAGAUUGAGCGCCUGUACCGUGAUGUCCGUGCUUACGCUAUCCCCGGUGGAAGCGAGGAGAUUAUGCUGGAUCUGAGCAUGCGCCAGAGUCUGCGUGUGCACCAGAUGUUUGGCAUGAAGCUCUAAAUACAGCCUUUGCUUUUGCAUUAGAGAUUGGCCGUGAUUAGACCAUGUUCUCUUUCUUGUGUCCGUUGCUGGACGAUGUUCAUGUGCCUUCCCCUUUUGGUGUCGUUUUUUUUAAUUUGGCAAGAUAUCCCGUCUGGUGUGACGCAUUUUACUUGGGUUGACUUUUUGCCUGUAUAUCCAUUUUGCUGCCAAUUACAUUGGCAUUUUACUUCUACCAUGAGAUCAGAAUAUAAGGUUGUUUAAGACCUUUAAGCGUUCGGAGGGACGGGAGGCCCCUCAUAGAUCAAAU